UAAAAUAUUUGGCUUGAAGCGCCUAGGCCCUUACAAGCAACCAAACCCAAUUUCUACUGUUCUCUCCAAACCAAUCAAACUCAGUGAUUUUGUGAACCCCAAAAGACAAACCCAUGGAAGUUACACUUCCAUGGACUCUACAUCUCCACCCAAAUCCCUUCACUAACUACACCCACAACAGAAACUCCCACUUCUUCAAAACCAAAGCCUCAGCAAAAUCCCCAGUACCAAUCCAAACCCAUAACCAAAAACCACCACCAUCAAACACCCACCAACAACAACGCAAAAAAACAUCCAAAUUUCCAUCCAAAAAGCCACCACCAUUUUCACAAAAAGAUGCAUUCCCAGAAUCUUUACCACUCCACACCAAAAACCCAUAUGCCAUUUACAAAGACAUCCAAAGAUUUGCUAAGCAAAACAAGCUCAAACAAGCAUUUGCCAUAUUGGACUACUUGGACCAACAAGGUAUACCUGUUAACCCCACCACUUUUUCUUCUCUUAUUACUGCUUGUGUUCGAACCAAAUCCUUAACCGAAGGGAAACAAGUUCACACUCAUAUAAGGAUUAAUGGGCUUGAAAAUAACGAGUUUUUACGAACAAAACUUGUGAAUAUGUACACGGCUUGUGGGUCGAUUGAAGAUGCACACCAACUGUUUGAUGAAUGUUCUAGUAAGAAUGUGUAUUCGUGGAAUGCCUUGCUUAGAGGGAGUGUGUUAUCGGGUAGGCGGCGAUAUCGUGAUGUGCUUUCGACUUAUACUGAAAUGAGGGAAUUAGGGGUCGGAUUGAAUGUUUAUUCUUUUUCUAAUGUCAUCAAGAGUUUCGCCGGUGCAUCUGCGCUUUGGCAAGGUUUAAAGACUCAUGCCCUUUUGAUAAAGAAUGGUUUUUUUGAUAGUUCAAUUCUUGGGACGAGUUUGGUUGAUAUGUACUUUAAAUGUGGAAAGAUUAAGCUUGCGCGUCGCGUUUUUGAAGAGAUUGGGGAGAGGGAUGUUGUGGUGUGGGGAGCGAUGAUUGCGGGUUUUGCACACAACAGGUUGCAAAAGGAAGCUUUGGAGUAUGUGAGGAGAAUGGUAGAAGAAGGGAUAAGGCCAAACUCGGUUAUACUGACUACAAUACUUCCUGUUAUUGGAGAAGUUUGGGCACAUAAAUUAGGCCGAGAAGUUCAUGCUUAUGUGUUGAAGAUGAAGAGUUACUCGAGGCAGAUUUUCAUUCAGUCUGCCUUGAUUGACAUGUAUUGUAAGUGUGGGGACAUGGGAUCAGGGAGGCAGGUGUUUUAUGCAUCAAUGGAGAGGAAUACUAUUUGUUGGACUGCUUUGAUGUCAGGUUAUGCCUCAAAUGGGAGGCUCGAGCAGGCUUUGAGAUCAAUAAUUUGGAUGCAGCAGGAAGGGUUUAAGCCUGAUAUUGUCACAGUUGCCACUGUUCUUCCAGUUUGUGCAGAGUUGAGGGCUCUGACUCAAGGGAAGGAGAUUCAUGCUUAUGCUUUGAAGAAUUGGUUCCUACCUAAUGUAUCUAUUGUUUCCUCUUUGAUGAUAAUGUACUCAAAGUGUGGCCUGUUGAAGUAUUCUUUAAAAUUGUUUGAUGGUAUGGAACAGAGGAAUGUGAUCUUGUGGACAGCCAUGAUUGAUUCAUAUGUAGAACAUGGGCAUCUAAAUGAAGCACUUGUUGUGUUUAGGUCAAUGCAGUUGUCAAAACACAGGCCAGAUUCAGUUACGAUAGCUAGGAUAUUGAGUGUUUGUGGUGAACUUAAAAGUUUGAAGCUUGGGAAGGAGGUACAUGGACAAGUCUUGAAGAAGAAUUUUGAGUGUACCCAUUUUGUCUCUGCUGCAGUUGUGAAGUUGUAUGGGAGUUGUGGAGCAAUUGGUCAUGCAAAGUCAGUUUUUGAUGCAAUCCCCAUUAAGGGAGUAAUGACAUGGACUGCAAUUAUAGAGGCAUAUGGAUAUAAUAACCAGUGUCAAGAUGCAAUUGCUCAGUUUGAUCAGAUGAGAUUGGGUGGUUUUACUCCAAACCAUUUCACUUUCAAAGUGGUUCUAUCUAUUUGUGAUCAUGCUGGAUUUGUGGAUGAUGCUUGCAGGAUAUUUAAUAUAAUGCAUCAUAGAUAUAAAAUAAAGGCAUCUGAAGAUCAUUACUCUAUAAUCAUUGGACUUCUCAACCGUUUUGGUCACAUUGAGGAAGCUCAAAGAUUUGUACAGAUGAGUUCUUCCUCAUCAUAACAAAGAGGCAAUGAAAUCUUUACUCUUCUUCUGUAGGUUCAUUAAGUUCGUUGAUGAAACAUGCUCAUGAAUAGCCAAUAACUCAGUAAUGUGGAAAUGUAUAGACCUGUUGUAACUUAAUGCAUCUCAUUAAAACUAUCUGUAAGGAUUUGUAUAUUUUGAUGGCGAAUGAGAAAAGUUGACAGUGAAAUUCCUGAA